UUAAUUACUAAUUAGCAUUUCUGUUUUUCUUUUUGGAUUUUAGAUUCUGGAAUCUUAUUAAUAUUGUUAUUAUCAUUUGAUCUUAAAAUCGAUUUUGAGACCCACAAAGAUAAACGGAGGAAAUUUGAAACCCUUGUGGAAUAAAAAAAGAGAGAGGAAGAUUUUGAGAAAUACUCCAUUUACUUCUUGUCUAUCUCCUUGUGGCGCGACUCGCAGCCAACUUUUGGAACCCAGAAAAUUUUUUCAUCUUUUGUUGACACCAAUUGAUUUUCUCUCAAGAAUUCCAAACACAAACCUUAAUCUUGGCCGUCCUCCUUCAAUUCCAUGUCGUCUCUGCUUAAGCUCUGUGGUCAUGUCUUGGCAGAUUUUCAAAGCAAAAACUAAGAAAAGCCCAUGACCCGGCAACGAAGAAAUGAUCAGUACCCGGUGAUAAAAUCACUGAGGUGGUGUUUUCUCUUGCCUGGACCCGCAUUAUCAUUCGUAAUUUUUAGAUUCAGCAUUUGUAUGUGACUUCAUUUGUCCCCUGUAGAUGUCUGUUUCUGGUUUAUCGUGUAAAGAUUUUGGACUGUUUGAUCUCAAUUGCAAGAGCGAAUAAGGGGAAGGAGCGAAUUCUAAAUUGAUGGCAGGAUGGUUGAUUUUAACAGAUAGGUCUGCUUUAGAUUGCGGUGAGAUUGUUGGUACUAGUAAUGGGUCUUGUCAAGAUGUUGAUCCUUCUGUGAGGGAUAAGGCUGUUGAUAAUUCUAAGGAGGCUAGACUGAGACGCCUGUUUGAUCAGGUUCUUUCUGUUUCUUUAAAGGAGGUAGCUGGUAGAGGUUGUAUUAGGCCUCUCCCGAUAAUGCUUGGUGAUGGGCGAGUAGUGGAUUUACUUGAACUUUUAUUAGUGGUCACAGAAAGAGGUGGUUCUGAUUUGGUGUCAAGGGACGGUUUGUGGGGUUUUGUGUCUAAAGAACUGGGGUUGGAUCGUAGAGUUUGGCCCUCAGUUAAGCUGAUAUAUGUUAAAUAUCUUGAUAAGCUGGAGAAAUGGUUGAGGAUGAGUUCUACAGAUGAAAGAUUGAGAAAAUGUGGAAGUGAAUGCGAUGGAUGUUUUGGAUCCUUGCCUUUGGAGGUAGAGACAGAGUUUAGAGGUUUGUUAAAGAAUGCUGCAGAACAAAGGGGAAAAGAUGAUGGAGUUAAACCAUUGAAAUCCAAAGAUGGUGAGUCUGUUGACAUGGAUUUCGAGGUCAGUGAAUUAAGAGUUUCCAAGACUGAGGAUAAAUAUGUAAGAUGUGGGGAUGUUGACGAAAAAUCUCGUAACGAUAAUCGUCCAAUACUGGAGCCUAGUGUUUCUAAGAAACUAGUUAAUUCACACAAGAGAAAGCGGGAAUCUUUAUCUGCAAUGCUGAACUGGGUAAUCCAGGUUGCAAAAUGUCCUAAUGAUCCUUCAGUUGAGGCAAUACCAGACCCACUGAAGUGGAAGGAGCACAAAGGCAACGAGUACUGGGUCCAAGUUUUUCGUGCACGGGAGGCUUUACUGAGAAGAAGGCAUGUCGAUUCAAACAUUGAAAAGAGGAAUCAAAAGAUGCAUCCAUCCAUGUAUGAGAACCAUCAACCUUCCACAGAGAGGUUAAGAUUCAGUGAAAGACUUCCUGCUUCAGUGGAGUCUCAUUUACACUGCGAUUGCAAUUUAAGUCCUGCCUCUGAGAAUAAAUCAGCAGCUCCUCAGAAGACUGUGUGUCAAAAUGGAUCUAAGGAGGAAGCACCAGAGACUCUUGAUUUACAGUCAUCAAAUGCAGCUUUAGGCCCUUCUGGAUUUGAGUCCCCGACAAAGCAAGUUUUUGUGGGCCCUUUUUUUCAAGCCAAAGUCCCUGAAUGGACAGGAGAAGUUUCAGAGAGUGAUACUAGAUGGUUAGGCAUUUGCACAUGGCCUUUAAAGCAUGGAGAUAAAAAAUUCUAUACUGAAACAGAUUUAAUUGGGAAGGGAAGGCCAGAAUCGUGCAACUGUCUUUUUCCAGGUUCUGUCCCAUGUGUUAGAUUUCACAUUGCUGAGAAAAGGAUGAAACUGAAGCUUGAACUUGGUUCAGUGUUCUAUCAUUGGAAAUUUGAUCGGAUGGGUGAGGAGGUAUCGCUUCGAUGGUCAAGUGGAGAAGAAAAAGCUUUCAAGAAUAUGAUAAUACUAAAUGCUUCCUCCCCAAGCCAGUACUUUUGGGAUAAUGCAUCCAAGUCCUUUACCAGGAAGACAAGGGAAGACCUGGUGAGUUAUUACUUCAAUGUUUUUCAAAUCCAACAUCUUAUAGUCCUUUAG